CCGGAAGCUAUCCCGUCCUCCCUUGCGAAUUUGUAGGCCAGUAAAUUUCGACGGCCGCCUCGGACGAGUUUCGCUUAGUUGAACAGAAUGGCUGACGUGCUGGACCUUCACGAGGCGGGGGGCGAGGACUUCGCCAUGGACGAGGACGGCGACGAAAGCAUCCACAAAUUGAAGGAAAAGGCAAAGAAAAGAAAAGGCAGAGGUUUUGGGUCAGAGGAGGGUUCCAGAGCCCGAGUUCGUGAGGACUACGACAGUGUGGAGCAAGAUGGUGACGAACCAGGACCUCAAAGAUCGGUGGAAGGAUGGAUCCUCUUUGUCACGGGUGUGCAUGAGGAGGCUACAGAGGAGGACAUUCACGACAAGUUCGCCGAGUUCGGGGAGAUCAAGAACCUCCACUUGAAUCUGGACCGGCGGACAGGCUACCUGAAGGGUUACACACUGGUGGAGUACGAGACCUACAAAGAAGCCCAAGCGGCCAUGGAGGGCCUGAACGGGCAGGAUCUGAUGGGGCAGCCCAUCAGCGUGGAUUGGUGCUUUGUCAGAGGGCCUCCGAAAGGAAAACGAAGGAGUGGCCGUAGAAGAAGCCGAAGUCCUGACCGAAGACGCCGUUGAAGGAGCUUCCGCUUUGCAACUCCCACAGCUGUGGGUGCUUCCGACAGCAACUUCCACACGAGCUGAAUUCAGGGGGGGAAGCACAGUUGGGGGAGGCUGCUUUAGCGUGUAGUCUUGGCAAAGCGAAGAGAGGUUCCCAUUUAUUUGCCCUAAUUGCCACCUGUUUUUAAUUUUGUAUUUGCCUAAUCGUUUUUUGGACCGUUGUAGCAAAUGACUCGAGGUUUUCAUUUCAUUUCUGUCUUUUGGACUUCGCCCUCUUUUCUGUGUUUGUAAACAUAAUUCUGUAAACACUGUAAAGGAUCUCUGAAGCAGCAUUCAGAAUAAAAGGCUAUGUUUUUUUAA